AUGGCCAAAGGCAUUCGCAACGUGCCCACAUAUGAAGACACCACGGGCUGUCAAUUCGCGCUUUUCGAAUGGGCCGAGAGCUACGACAGCAAGGACUGGGCUCGUCUUGCCAAGUGCAUCGCCCCAACACUCCAUAUUGACUACCGGAGCGUCAUGGGACAAGAGUGGGAGUCCAUGCCGGCGGAUGAUUUUGUAGCGCUGGCGUCCAGCUCCAAGUUCCUGGGCAACGCGCGCAUCAAGACACAGCACCUCAUCGGAGCCUCGAAGUGGGAGCAGACCAGCAGCGAUACGAUUACGGGCUGGCACCAAAUGCGCGUGGCUCAUCAAAAGUACAGCGACGAUGCGCUGACCGAGGUUCUGCACAAGGGCCAUGCCCACGGUAAAGCCACGACCAAGUUCCAGAGGGUGGAUGGCGAGUGGAAGUUUGCCGGGCUUGAGCCGGGGAUUAGAUGGCAUGAGCAUGAUCUGGACAAGAUCUUUGCUGAUGAGUAG